UAGGCACAGAAUAGAGCAGCAGCAGCAGCUGCUGCUGCAGCAGCAGCUGCAGCAGCAGCUGCAGCAGCAGCAGCAGCAGCGGCAGCAAAAUGCCUGUCAACCAAGAACCUGGGGCUGCCCACGCCCAGAGCCAGGGGCCUUGGGGCCCCUCUACCCUUAUGGGCCCCGGGGGCUGGGCAGCUGGCACAGCAGCAACAGCAGCAGCAGCAACAACAGCAGUAGCAACCGCAGCAGCAACAGCAGGCGGUGCAGCGUCGGCCUAGAAACGCUGCAGGGAGCAGCAGGGGCCCCUCCUUGCUGCUGCUCCUGCUUCGACAGCUGCAGCAGCUCAGCAGCAAACAGCGCGUGUGGGGCCCUGGCUGACAGGGGGUCCCCCAAGGCCUUUGAGCUGCGGAAGCAGCAGCAGCAGCAGCAGCAGAAGCAGCAGCAGCAGCAGCAGCAGCGGCUGCAGCAGCUCCAACAAAGAGAACUCCUGCGGCUUCGCGGUGAUGGGCGGGACCUGCUGAGGGACCGGGACUUUUCCUCCUCUUUUAUUAAGGCCUGGCGCAGCAGCAGCAGCAGCAGCAGCGGCAACAGCAACAAGAACAAAGGAGCCACUCAUGUUGUGGGGUCCCUGGGGCAGCGAAUAGAAGCUAUUGCUGCUCCAGUCAAGGAGCUGCUUGCAAGUAAGCCAGUGCAGCAGCAGUUGCUGCUUGCUGCUGCAGCAGCCAGCUACAGAGCGUCGUCGCUGUGUUGCAGCAGCAGCAGCGGCAGCAGCAGCAGUGGCAGCAAAGUGCAGCAGCAGCCACGAUUUGUGCCCCGGUAUACUUGUGUCCUCAGGAAGCUAUGCGAUGCAGCACAAGACAGCAGCAGCAGCAACUGCAGCAGCUCCUGCGCCUGCUGCUGCUGCUGCGUCAAGCACCUGCGCUCCCGGCCUGUGGGUGAGGAGCAGCAGCAGAAGCAGCAGGAGCAGCAGCUGCAGCAGCAGCAGCUGCAGCAGCAACAGCAGCAGAUACAGCAGCCGCCGCAGAAGCCGUCUUGGCGAAGAGCCCUUCCUGGGCACGCCUUUGCUAGGAGGGCCCCCUGUUCAAGAGCAGCAGCAGCAGCAGCAGCAGCAGCAGCACAUCCCCAGUCGGCCUCUGCAGCAGCGUUCUUCCUUCCUUCAGCGCCCCCCUGGAGUACCAGCCCUUUCGCUUAG